AUGGCGAACGCUAAUCUUCUUCAUCCUCACAGCAAAGCGCACCACGACGAAGACCACGACCACAUCGGCUCUGGCGCGUCAACUCCACCUACAGGCAUCGCAACACCACGUCCCGACCCUAAUGACAAGCGACUGCCCAGUCUAGUCAAUAGCUACUUUUCACAGGUUCGUGACACCUUGACUCGUACACUGAGCAAGAGGAGCACUGCGAGUACCGUGCCAUCUCCGCUGCGUCGGCACACGCUGUCUACCGCUGUCUCCAAGCCCGAGGUCUCCGCGCACAUUUCAAAUCCUGCCUCUGAUGCUUCCGUUCCUGUCCCUCCGGAGCCGUCCAUUGCACGUCGUUCUUCGCGUCGUUCUGCAGACAAGGGAAACCGUGUGCUAACUGAGGGCGCUGGGCGCGAGCAGAAUACGCCUCCUCUCACACCUCGCUCCGGUUCGCAUGAAAGCAGAAGAGGCGAAGAUGGCCGGCACGCUCCAAGAGCGGAGAAGUCGAGCCGCUCGAGCUCCGGUAAUUCACACGGCGCAACGACAAUCGGCCAGCUGAAGGGCCAGUUGGAGAUCAUCGUCGACGAAGGCAGGGGUCUGCGGCCCAGCAUUGAGCCGUAUGUGGUCUGCAUCUUCCAGCUCAAUGAGGACAUAUCUGGCGGGCCCGAAGAAGAUGAAAUGGAUACGAGUGAAAACUCGGCGCCUGCGCAGGAGGACAACCUUGCAAGAGGCGUCGCGAUGAAGAGGAUGGGUAGCGGUCAGGGCACGCCGAUGGCUAUUCCCAGCCUGGGCAGGCGACAAACAAGCCAGACGAAUAUUGCGGCUCUGCGACGUGGCGCAUCGAAGCCGGAUCAUACAGAGACGACAGACCCCGUAUGGAGACACACUGCGACUUUUGAUGUUGUUGGCGAGAACAGUGAGGUUGACGUUUCGGUGUACGACCGUUCGAACAAUGAGGCUUUCCUGGGCCAUGUCCGGCUACCCCUGAACCUGGACGACUACCAACAUCAACAUGAGGGCUGGUAUAAGCUGAGUCCUAGAGAAGGCGAGACGAGCACCAUUACUGGUGAACUUCGUCUCAAGAUCGCCUUCCACGCCACGGGCAAGAAGUCCUUUGGACCUGACGACUUUCAGAUUCUGAAGCUCAUCGGCAAGGGCACGUUCGGGCAAGUGUUCCAAGUCCGGAAAAAGGACACCAAGCGCAUAUACGCCAUGAAAGUGCUCUCGAAGAAGGUCAUUGUGCAGAAGAAAGAGAUCCAGCACACCAUCGGCGAGCGUAAUAUUCUAGUGCGGACGGCUACAACAGAGUCGCCUUUCAUCGUCGGUCUGAAGUUCUCGUUCCAGACCGCUGCCGACUUGUACCUCGUGACCGACUACAUGUCCGGCGGUGAGCUGUUUUGGCACCUCCAAAAGGAAGGCCGCUUCGUUGAAGAGCGUGCGAAGUUUUACAUCGCUGAGCUGAUCCUCGCUCUGCGCCACCUCCACCAACACAACAUCGUCUAUCGCGACUUGAAGCCGGAGAACAUCCUUCUCGACGCCAAUGGCCACAUCGCCCUCUGCGACUUCGGACUGUCGAAAGCGAAUCUUUCAAAUGACGACACCACGAACACCUUCUGUGGCACUACCGAGUACCUGGCCCCGGAAGUUCUCCUGGACGAGACGGGCUACACGAAGAUGGUCGACUUCUGGUCGCUGGGGGUGCUCGUGUUCGAGAUGUGCUGUGGCUGGUCUCCCUUCUACGCCGAAGAUACGCAACAGAUGUAUAAGAAUAUCGCAUUCGGUAAGGUUCGCUUCCCACGGGAUGCGCUGAGCCAGGAGGGACGCAACUUUGUCAAGGGCCUAUUGAACCGCAACCCGCAACAUCGGCUGGGCGCUAGGGGCGAUGCGGAGGAGCUGAUGGCGCACCCCUUCUUCCGCGAUGUGGAAUGGGAUGCGCUGAGCAAGAAGCUGACCCAGCCGCCUUUCAAGCCCAAACUCAAGAGUGAGACGGACACGAGCAAUUUCGACCCGGAGUUCACAAACGCACUCGGGGCCGGCGAUAAUGCGAGCUUGAACGCGAGAGCCGCCGCGCUGGCCAGCGGGAUUGGGCAGGAUAGUACGCCGCUCAGCCCGACGAUGCAGAAUCAGUUCAAGGGCUUCACUUUCGUUGAUGAGAGUACACUAGAGCAGCAGUUUGCUGAUAGGGAUGUCGUCAUGGAUGGUACCGAGAACGGCGCAGCAGCGAAGACGUUCGGAAAUGGCCAAGGAGGCGACCGUAUGAGCGGUGUGGAGCCCGCGAGUGCUAACGGCGCCAGUGCGGACGGUGAUUUCAAUACCGGAAUGCUGGACGACAUCUAG